CAGAAUGUCCCGGUGAAUAAAGCCUAGUGGUGUGACUGAGCAGUGCAUGCACGUGGUGCAGUGCCGGCAGGGGCCAGGAGGGGGAGCCUCAGAGCAGGCAGCCUGCCUGGAAGAGAGGCUGCAGGAUCGCAGGGUUUCUGGGCAGCUCUGCGGACAUGGCCAUGUUCCAGAAGGUGGAGAAGAUCGGAGAGGGCACCUAUGGGGUGGUGUACAAGGCCAAGAACAGGGAGACCGGGCAGCUCGUGGCCCUCAAGAAGAUCAGGCUGGAUUUGGAGACCGAGGGGGUCCCAAGCACUGCCAUCAGGGAGAUCUCCCUGCUCAAAGAGCUUAAGCACCCCAACAUCGUCAGGCUGCUGGACGUGGUUCACAGCGAGAAGAAGCUUUACCUGGUGUUUGAGUUCCUUAGCCAGGACCUGAAGAAGUACAUGGACUCCACCCCGGCCUCCGAGCUCCCCCUGCACCUAGUCAAGAGUUACCUCUUCCAGCUGCUGCAGGGGGUGAGCUUCUGCCACUCGCAUCGGGUCAUCCAUCGAGACUUGAAGCCCCAGAAUCUGCUCAUCAAUGAGUUGGGGACCAUCAAGCUGGCUGACUUUGGACUGGCUCGAGCCUUCGGGGUGCCUCUGCGCACCUACACCCAUGAGGUGGUGACACUGUGGUAUCGUGCCCCUGAGAUCCUCUUGGGCUGCAAGUUCUACUCCACCGCUGUGGAUAUCUGGAGCAUCGGUUGCAUCUUUGCAGAGAUGGUGACCCGCAGAGCCCUGUUUCCAGGCGACUCUGAGAUUGACCAACUCUUCCGUAUCUUUCGGACCCUGGGGACACCCAGUGAGGCCAUGUGGCCAGGAGUCACCCAGCUGCCUGACUAUAAGGGCAGUUUUCCCAAGUGGACCAGUAAGGGGCUGGAGGAGGUCGUGCCCAACCUGGAGCCAGAGGGCCAGGACCUGCUCUUGCAACUCCUGCAGUACGACCCUAGCCGGCGGAUCUCAGCCAAGGCCGCCCUGGCCCACCCCUACUUCGCGUCCACCGAGACCUCCUCGGCGCCCCACCAGUGUAUGCGGGAGCAUUUCUGCCGCUGAGAACGUGCGGGGCCCACCGCCUCAAAGCCCCUCUGCAGCUGCUGCCCCCGCCCCCCCCCCCGCUGCCUCCCUAUUCACUCCCCAAGAAAGGGGACACACCUGGGGAGAGAGCAGUUUGGCAUCAGCUGUCCGAGGGCUGAGUUUGGGUUAGUCCUGCCAGCAGGCUAGCAAGCUCCUGUGUUGUUUGCUGGGUUUCCCUUUUCAAGAUAGGGGCACAGAAGCCCACUGCCUGAGGAGGUCCGUUAGAGGCGGGGUCCCUGGGCACCAGACUGGUAGGUGCCAAGGAGAGCAGAAAGCCUGCCUGGGCCGCCAGCAAGACCCUCCUAGCGCCCCUUGGCUGCCCUGCCCUCAGCUGCAGAGCAAGACCCCCAAGGAAGGGGUUCCCCCCCAGCUGUUCUUUUUAGAUUUAAAAUGUUAUGGGGGAAGAGCUGAGUUCCAGUUAAGAGUCCCAUGUUAAAACAGGAGGCGGAGCCAGGGGGAGAGGCCAUUUUCCUGAUCCCGAGGGGAGGUCGGAUGUUCUAAGUAGCUGUCUCCUCACCGCGGAUAUGCUUAUGUUUGUAUGCCUCUGGCUUCAAGAACAGAAAAUAAAAGUGAUGUAUCCCUGA